AACCCUAUUUCACAAGAACUGAGCUUCGGUUGCAUAAAUCCAGUUUUGUUUAUUUGGUGUGGACUACGAUUGAUACCGACAGCCAUUUCAUGGCGGUCUCCCUCUCCCUCCGCCUCUUCGCGCUUGCCUACCUCCACGCUCAGCUCGCCAGCGGCUGCUACACCUCCAUUUUCAGUUUCGGCGAUUCCCUCGCCGACACCGGCAACCUCCUCCUCUCCACCGGAAGCAACGGCACCCGCGUUGGCCGCCUUCCCUAUGGAGAAACCUUCUUCCACAGCCCCACCGGCCGCUUCUCCGACGGUCGACUCAUGAUCGACUUCAUCGCGCAAGCGAUGGGGCUACCGUUCGUGAGGCCGUACCUAGCUGGUGGAGCAGGGGGCGGCGGCGUCAACUUCGCCGUCGCCGGCGCCACCGCGCUCGACGUCCACUACUUCGAGUCGAUGGGGAUGGAGAUUAAGUGGACCAACUAUUCCCUGAGCGCGCAGCUCGAGUGGUUCAGGCACCUCCUGCCUUCUCUUUGCUCCUCUGCCUCAGGUUGCGCCGCUUUCAUGAGCGACGCCCUGUUCUUGGUGGGGGAGAUCGGGGGGAAUGACUACAAUCACCCCUUCUCUGCAGGAAGAAGCCUCACUGAGAUCACGGCCAUGGUCCCCGAUGUCGUGCGCGCCAUCACCUCCGCCGUCGACGAAUUGAUCGGGAUGGGCGUGAGGACGAUGGUCGUGCCGGGGAACUUCCCGAUCGGCUGCUCUGCCGCGUACCUGAGCCGGUUCCAGAACGAGAAGCGAGAUAGUUACGAUCCCCGAACGGGAUGCAUAAAGUGGUUGAACGCCUUCGCCGAGUACCACAACCGCCUGCUGGAGGAGGAGCUGAGGCGGCGCCGCCGCCGGCACCCGGAUGUGAUCAUCAGUUAUGCCGACUACUACCAGGCGGCCAUGGAGAUCUACGCUUCUCCUCAGGACCACGGAUUCGGGGAGUCACCGCUUGCGGCGUGCUGCGGAUCCGGCGGCGGCGACUACAACCUGAAUUCGACAGCGGGGUGCGGGGAAGAAGGGAGCAGCGUGUGCAGCGAUCCGUCGAGGCAGAUAUCGUGGGACGGGUUACACCUGACGGAGGCAGCGUACAAGGUCAUCGCCGGCGGCCUGCUCGGCCGCCACAUCAUGCCUUCCAUUUCACGAGUCUGUCCCGAAUUAAACUGGACGGUUCUCGACAACGGCGACGGAUACAUCUCUUCUUCCUGACCAAGACGAUUCAACCACCUGCAGAAUCGGAAGAACAGCAAAACUAUGAUUCUCCACGUUUCCGUGUUUGCUUGCUAAAGAUUUCUAUCCGAUUAAACACUGAUUUCGAAGCUUUGAAUUCUUUCUAGACAACCUGUUUGCUUGCUUCGCCAUUUAUAAUAUUUCCAGAUACAUUGGCAGAAACAAUAUCAGAUUUCAACACAAAUUUCCAA